AUGUCCUCGAAAGAUAUGUCGCUCGACGAGCUCAAGGAUCUGCAAAAGCAGUUAUCCAAGCUCGCCACCUCGUCAGAUUCGGAGGCCAUCCUCUCCAUUUUUUCCAAGCUCAAGUCUGGGCUAUCGGCACCAACAGAGGAUGUUAUUCGUCAAAGCAAGAUCGGUGUGGCGGUCGGAAAAAUGCGUUCGCACUCGGACAAAAAGGUGGCGGACCAGGCAAAGUCUUUGGUUAAGGAUUGGAAGGCCAUCGUAGACAAGCAAAGGGCACAGUCGUCUGCGAAUAGCAGCAAAGCUCCCUCUUCCACCGCUUCGCCUGCACCGACAACAUCGAAACCAGAUGGCACAAUCAACGGCAACGGCACAGCAUCGGCAUCUCCAGCUUCGACACCAUCAGCAGCAGCCAAAUCCACGUCCUCCACCAAGAUCGACUUUGAGAUCCUGAACGACAAGGUGCGCAAUGCGUGUCUCAAACUCCUCUACCAGUCGCUGGAAAUCGGUAAGGAAUCACACGUCUGGAACGACUCUCAGAUCUUUGACGCGGCUGUGGCUGUGGAAGCUGCGAUCCUCUCGAAUCAGGGCAAAGGCUCGGUCACCGCCGAUUACCGCAACAAAGUGCGUAGCCUUUCGCUCAACAUUAAGGACAAGAACAACCCAGACCUUCGCGUUCGCGUCGUAGAAGGAGAUAUUGCAGCAGACAAGCUGGUAACCAUGACCAACGAAGAGUUGGCGAGCGACAAGAGAAAACGAGAAAUCGAAGAGUUGCAGAUGCAAAAUCUCUUCAAGGCUAAAGGUGCUGCCGCGCAGGAGGCCGAGACCGACGCAUUCCAGUGCGGCAGGUGCAAGCAGAGGAAGACAAGGUACUACCAGAUGCAGACGCGAUCCGCCGACGAACCGAUGACUACAUUUGUGACGUGUACCAACUGCAACCACAAGUGGAAGUUCUGUUGA